AUAUCAUAUUUAUUUAUGCCUUCAUUUGACGAGUUCUUUUGGCGUGCAUUGUCUUGUAAUAUCUAUAUUUCAGUACGAUUCAUCCGCAGUUUCAGGAAAAUAUGUGUUACUCCUUUGGAUUAAUAGUGCUCAUAUUUGUUAUGCCAGACUCAAUAAGGAAUAUUGUACAAAUGUGUAGGGCUUUGUUAGCUGCGUCAUUUAUAUCAAAUGAAAAAACAUCACUUGCAAAAAAGUUUGGACCAUGGGCAUUGAUUACUGGUUGUACUGACGGCAUUGGUAAAGCUUAUGCAUUUGAGUUGGCAAAAAGGGGUAUUAAUAUCGUAUUGGUCAGCAGAAAUGAGGAAAAACUGAAGAAAACUGCUCAGGAUAUAGUCAAUAAUGUUGGAAAACUGUAUGACUAUCCUAUGUACCUGUCAGAAGUACCCGAAAAAGAUUUAUUUGAUAUGAUCAACAUCAAUGUGGUACCAGUCACUUUACUAUGUGGAGCCUUCAUUGGAGACAUGAAAAAAAGAGGCCGAGGUGCAAUAGUAAACGUCUCUUCAGGAUCGGAAAUGUUUCCAUUGCCCCUAAUGACUGUAUACUCAGCUACGAAGUCUUAUAUUAGAUGUUUUACAAUGGCUCUUAGAUACGAAUACAGAAACUCUGGAAUUACAAUUCAACAUUUGGCUCCAUUGUAUGUCAACACAAAAAUGAACGCAUACAGCAAUAAGCUACAGAAAAAUUCCUUCUUAAUUCCAGACGCUGAACAAUACGCCCGAUAUGCUAUUAUGACCUUAGGGAAACUUGACGAAACUUCUGGAUAUUGGACGCAUGGUAUUCAGACAUUUUUAAUAAAACUUUUUCCCACCUGGGUACAGAUGUAUCUUUCUGACCGCUUAAAUCGUAUUUUUAGGGAAGAUUACUUUCGUCAGCAAAAAGAAGGAUAAUACUGGACGCAACAAGACCUUAGACAUAAUUAUUGUUAAAUAGAAAUAGACCUUGGACAUAAUUAUUGUAAAGUGGAAAUAUUUUAACUGCAGAUUCCUGCGGGCUCAAAACAAUAUGGUUUAACCCAAAUCACUUACUACUAUGUAGACUACAGUGAUUAGCGCACAAAUAACAGUCGAAAUAACGCAUAAGAUGGAAAACAUAUUAAGUUGUAAGAUAAAAAGAAUUAAAACUUGUAGAGGUUGGAAAUUUAGCGAAUAAAACCUAUAAUUCAUUCUAUAAACCCAUAUUCUAUAUAUUAUAUUCUAUUUACUGUUUCCCACCUUUAGACAUUAUCAGAGGAGUGUGUAAUCUAAAACUGUCACUGUAACCAGUUGCCAAACUCGUCCAAUACGUUUAAGAGGAUCGGUACGUAUUUUCGGCUGCAAUGCUAUUCAAAUGGGGAUUCAUUUUUUUCGAAUCCUGAGAAAACUAAUAAGUAUUUUUGAAAAAUUUAAACGUAGAAUGAAAGAUCACGUUAUUAGCGAGGGCCGAAAGUCCCUGAGAACUUCUAUAAUGUUUAUUUUAAUAAGUUACAGGGGUGAAAAACUAAGAGAAAAUUUAGUGUGAUUUUUAAUUUCAAAUAUAUCAUUCAAAAUAAACUUUUUAUUUAUUCUAAGGGACUUUCGGCCCUCGGUAAUAAUUUAGUCUUUCAUUCUGCGUUUAAAUUUUUCAAAAAUUAUUAUUGGUUUUUUCAGGAUUUGAAAAAAAUAAACACAAUGCCGUGGUAAUAUUAUCCAAAUCUAUCUUUGUCUUACAACGCACUCAGCCGAAUAUAAUAUUGUCAGAAUAUAUUGUCAGUCAGACACUGACAAUCAGUGACAAUUUUAAAUAUUUGACAUUGCAUCGGGAAUAUGUUGUUAUUGACUAAAUAUUAUUGAAAUAUAGUGUAUUUGAUAAAUAAUUGAUUUAGGACGUGAAUUUAAUAAAAAGUUAUUUAUUGUGUAUUAUUUGUGGAAGAUACAAGCAGAGAAUACAUCAGGAUAAUAUAUUCUGUGAUCCAAGUAUUUUGUUGUUAAAGAUGUUCAAAAUUGUAAGCGUUCCAUAACAAUAUAUUAUUAAAAAAUCACUUUAACACUUUUCCUCUUUUCUCGAUUGAGUAUUAGUCUUUGUUGUACAAAUAAAUUAUUACAAUCACUGAAUACAUAGUUAGUGAAAAAAUUAUCACAUUUAUUAACUGAAAUAAUAAUUUCCAAUUAUAAAAAUAACAGUUAUCCAAGAACAUUCAAAACCCAUCUCUUUAAAUUAAUGAUGACAUUUUCAAGUAGAAUGACAUUCUAGUAAUGUUUACAUAUCCAUACCAGUGUGAAUUUUACUACACGUAAUUUGCCGUGUAAAGACAGAAAAAGUAGGGAUACACGUAAAAUAUUUGCGAAUUAUGUACCCAUAGCCUUAAAGGUGAAAACAAUAAAUACAUUGUAAACUUAUAGGUUUUUAUCGCUAAAUUCCCCAACUCUUUCUACUAGUUUCAUAAUAUCUUUUUCCACCUACCUCUAUCGAAAGUAUACAUUUCCUGACCUGAUUGUAAGGAGAAAAAUCGUACCAUUUCUCUCUAGGGAGACAAAUACUUUUACUCCCUAGGAAGUAAAAGUAAAAGUGACGUCAUGGUAUGUCAUUAAUAAAAUAACUUAUUGACACCCUAUACAAUAUUCUAUUUUCUAUUACGUAAAUAUCUAUACAUUUUAACCUUUAUUUAUAGAACACCCUCUAUUUUACAGAAUGGUAAAAAACAGCAAGUUGCUAUAUUGAUUUAAGAGGAUCGGUAUGUAUUUUCGGCUGCAAUGCUAUUUAAAUGGGGAUUCAUUUUUUUCGAAUCCUGAGAAAACUAAUAAGUAUUUUUUAAAAAUUUAAACGCAGAAUGAAAGAUAACGUUAUUAGCGAGGGCCGAAAGUCCCUGUGAACUUCUAUAAUGUUUAUUUUAAUAAGUUACAGGGGUGAAAAACUAAGAUAAAAUUUAGUGUGAUUUUAAAUUCAAAUAUAUCAUUCAAAAUAAACUUUUUAUGUAUUCUAAGGGACUUUCGGCCCUCGGUAAUAAUUUAGUCUUUCAUUCUGCGUUUAAAUUUUUCAAAAAUAUUUAUUGGUUUUUUUCAGGAUUCGAAAAAAAUAAACACAAUGCCGUGGUAAUAUUUUCCAAAUCUAUCUUUGUCUUACAACGCACUCAGCCGAAUAUAAUAUUGUCAGCAUAUAUUGUCAGUCAGACACUGACAAUCAGUGACAAUUUUAAAUAUUUGACAUUGCAUCGGGAAUAUGUUGAGUUAUUGAUUAAAUAUUAUUGAAAUAUAGUGUAUUUGAUAAAUAAUUGAUUUAAGACAUGAACGUAAUAAAAAGUUAUUUAUUGUGUAUUAUUUGUGGAAGAUCCAAGCAGAGAAUACAUCAGGAUAAUAUAUUCUGUGAUCCAAGUAUUUUGUUGUUAAAGAUGUUCAAAAUUGUAAGCGUUCCAUAACAAUAUAUUAUUAAAAAAUCACUUUAACACUUUUCUUCUUUUCUCGAUUGAGUAUUAGUCUUUGUUGUACAGAUAAAUUAUUACAAUCACUGAGUACAUAGUUAGUGAAAAAAUUAUCACUUUUAUUAACUGAAUUAAUAAUUUUCAAUUAUAAAAAUAACAGUUAUCCAAGAACAUUCAAAACCCAUCUCUUUAAAUUAAUGAUGACAUUUUCAAGUAGAAUGACAUUCUAGUAAUGUUUACAUAUCCAUACCAGUGUGAAUUUUACCACAUGAAAUUUGCCGUGUAAAGACAGAAAAAGUAGGGAUACACGUAAAAUAUUUGCGAAUUAUGUACCCAUAGCCUUAACAAUGUUUACAUUAAUAAUUUGACUUAUAUUUGACAGUUGACGGUUAUACUUGUUAGUUUUAGUUCUCUAAUAAAUUUUGUUAGUUACAUAAAUAAAUUAUUUAAAAAUGAAAAAAUGACUUGUUAUUUGAGGGAGGUGGAAACAUCAUAUGUAUAACAUGGGAGUAAAGCCUUUUACUCCCUUGAAUGAUUACUGCCCUACGCUACGCGUCGAUAAACUUCAUUCUCGGGAGGAAAAGUAGCACUUUGCUCCCUUGUUAUAAAAAUAGCUAUUUAUCUCACAACUUAAUAUGUUUUCCAUCUUUUGCGUUAUUUUUCCGGUUAUUAGCGCGCUCAUCAUUGUAUAUUAAAUAAACAUUUCUGGCUACUACCAGAGGCGCACUAUCGGGGAAAAUGAAUGGUCCCUUCCCAAAUUUUUCGCCACUAGCGGAAUUGCCGGUUUAGCGCAAUUAUUCGAUUCUCCAAUACCUUCUAUGUAAAUAACGUACUGUUACGACAGUUCCGUAAAUUGAUCCUACAUAAAAGUCCCUUGACGCAAAAUAAGAAGUAGUCACGUACAAGAAUGUUCUAGAUAUCAUGGAAUAACCCGCAGAAAUGACUGGUGACUUCAAGAACGUCAGAAAAUGUACCUAUAUAAACCAACAAACUGUCAAUACGGAUGGAAUGGCCCCGUCCCAUUCAAACAGUGCAGCAAGAUUGGGGCCAACAUACAAGUGAGAGAUCCUAGAGAGAGACAGAGCAUGCCAGGGAAAAUUUGUUACAACUACCUACCACCAGAGUUGCCAGAUGUGAUUUUAUAAAUCCCCCACUUAGAAACUGAAAUUCCCUCAAAUUGAAGCUGAAAUCCCUUCAAUUUAAAUUUUUGUCGCAUUUUAAUAAAUUAGUAGUCAAAUGUAGAGAACAGUAAACCAAAUUUAUACUACUUAUCAACAAAAGGCCCUGGAAAUAAUUCAUAGGUCCUAUCGUCUUCGAUUAUAUGAGAGUAUAAUAUACAGUUCUAUGUAUAUACGCAAAUUAAAUUUUUCUGCCUAGAAAAAUUCCUCUAGACGCUUUCAAAUUACUCCAAAAUUAUGGGAAAAUACCCCAAGCUGGCAACCCUGACUGCCAACCUUUCUUACCAUAUUACAUCAAGAUACAAGCCUGAAGUACCUUUUCAAGUGGACAUUUGCCCACGAGACGAAUGGGACAGAGGAAACUGACGACUCAGACUGCAGGGUUACACCUGGUAUACGGACGGGUCUAAAACUGUAGACGGUUGGGGCGCAGGAAUAUUCUGUAGUGGUGAAAAUUUCAACAUUUCUAUUCCACUGGGAGAAUAUACCUCCGUAUUUCAGGCAGAGACUUUUGCAAUCUUGCAACGUGCAAGAGAAAACAGCCUGAGGGCAUUCGAACUGCAGCGGGUUAACAUAUGCACAGAUAGCCAAGCAGCCAUUGGGGCUCUUAUAAACCCUAAGGUGAACUCUAGGCUGGUGUGGGAAUGUCGACAAGAACUUGACAGACUGGCACAACAUAACAGUGUUAUACUGGUAUGGGUUCCAGGUCAUCGGGGCAUAUACGGCAAUGAAAGAGCUGAUGCACUUGCCAAGAGAGCAUAAGCUACAAAAUACCUGGGUCCAGAACCGGCCGUGGGAGUGCCAAAAAGCACCGUCCGCGAACGAAAAAAAACCUGGAUCCGAAGCCAACACAACUCACACUGGGAGAGUGUACCCGGUCAAACACAUGGCAAGAUGUAAAGUGAUGAGCGCGCUGAUAACCGGAAAAAUAGGCGGUUAUCUUCUAUCCUUCCCUGACUAUGACUAUACUCUCUCAUCCUGGCCGCAUUAAAUUCACUUCUUGCCCAUUCCAUCCGUAUUGAAAGUUCGUUGAUAUAAACAUAAGGUGAAACAGUAGCGAUCAACAGGUAGCGAAAACGCGUUCCAAGAUUGCGGCUGUAAUUUUAAAUAUUUUUUCGAGAUAUUUGGCACACGUAUUCGUAAUAUAAUAAAGAAUGGCGGUACAGAGCCCAAUUUGAAAAAUAUAUUAAUAUGUGGAAAUUACUCUGUAAUUAAAUACAAUAUUUAAAAAACGAGCCUGUACCGCCAUUAAGAAGAACAAAAAAAUACACUUUCUUCAAAUAAACUUUUUUAUUCGAUGCCUAGAUUUUGUGUCAUUUUGGAACUACUAAUGAAAUAAAAAAUUUUAGUAUUUGCAUUUGAGUUUUUCAAGUGUAUUGUUGUCAUUGAGUGAAAAAAAGUAUUGUAACGAGUUCCUGUUAAAUAAAUUGAUUUUAAAGCUGAGUAACAAUACUCUUUAUUUCUAACGAUAAAGUUUUUAUUUUUCGAGAUAUUUGAAGUUAAAAAUUUAAAGGUACAGUUAUUUUGAUUACACUUAAAAUGCGAGAUAUGCUCUGUGUUUAUGUACAAGAAAAUUAUUCCUGUCUUGCUGCUCCACAAAGAUAUCUAGAAAUGUUACUGUGGGCUAAUUAGCAAAAUUCACGGAAAAGUUAUUUACCAGUAAUUUUAUUGCUGGAAUCGAAUUAUAAGAUACAAUAUAUUAAUAAUAUAGAUAUGCAAAGUCCUCAGAUAGUGUGCUACUUUUUUUAUAAACAAAAUGGUGCCGACAAAUCGUAUUUUUUUCAAUUAUUGCUCUAUAACUCCGAAGAUUUUACCUUUACAACAAAAACACUCAAAUAAAAAUUCACCGCAAUUAAAUUCUGCAUAGAGAUAUGUUUUUAAUGAUUUGCUCCGACAAAAAUUUUCCUCGGAAAAUGCGGGUUUUCCUAACAAAAACUCUAAUUUUCAAAUAAAGUUUUAGGUAAGUAAUUAUUAAUCAAUAAAUAAAUAACUUAGUGACAUCAAAGCUUUCUUAGUAUAGAUUGUAAUUCCAGAAGUCGGUGAAAAUUAAACGAAUAUUUUAGCAACAAUUCAAUUGUUAAUAAACAAUUUACGAUCGCAAUAAUAACCAAAAUAAUCAUGAUACAUUGAUCAAAUUUAUAAAGAUUAUAAAGAUGAGAUGCUUAUGUAAUAUUUUAUCGACAAAAUAUAAAUUUUUCUUUU